AACAAAACAGUUUUUUUUGCCUGAGUUUUAUACAUUUACAUUUGACCUUAAAGUGAAGAUAAAGAACCACGCGUUGAACUCUCUAAUGACGAUGAAUGAUGAUGAUGAUGAUGAUGAUGGUGCUCUGCUUUAGUUUGAACUCAAACGUGGCGCUGAACGUUUAAAACUCCGCCGGACUGUAAAUCACGAAUCACAGUACAAGAUGGCGGCCGCAACAAUGAUGCCGCUCUUCGGACAGCAGAUGUCUUCUCAAAGCGAGCUGGUCCCGGACUGGACCAGCCAGGAAGUCAGCACCGGGACCACCAUCAUGGCGGUGGAGUAUGAUGGAGGAGUGGUGAUCGGUGCCGACUCACGCACCACCACCGGAGCUUACAUCGCCAAUAGAGUAACAGACAAACUGACACCGAUCCAUGACCGGAUCUUCUGCUGCAGGUCUGGGUCAGCUGCUGACACUCAGGCCAUUGCUGAUGUGGUCACCUACCAGCUGGGCUUCCACAGCAUCGAGCUGGACGAGCCCCCAUUGGUGGAGACUGCUGCCAAUUUGUUCAGAGCUAGCUGCUACCGCUACAGAGAGGAGCUGACUGCUGGGAUCCUGGUGGCCGGCUGGGACCGCCGGAAGGGGGGGCAGGUGUACUGCGUUCCUAUUGGUGGGAUGCUGGUGAGGCAGCCGGUGUCGGUGGGCGGCAGCGGCAGCUCCUACAUCUACGGCUUCAUGGACUCUAACUACAAACCCAACAUGACCAAGGACCAGUGUCUGGAGCUCACCGCUGCAGCUGUAGCUCUGGCGAUGGAGAGAGACGGCUCCAGCGGUGGUGUGGUGAGACUGGCGAGCAUCUCGGAGGAUGGAGUGGAGAGACGGGUCAUUCUGGGGAACCAGCUGCCCAAGUGCUCAACUCACUGAACACACACACACACACACACUUUUCACCAUUUUGUGCUGUCAAUAAAGUUUUCAGUCCGG